GUUUCAUUCCUAGCAGCUAAAAGUUGUACUUAGGGGUGUAGUUUGAAGUUUAAAUUUCGCGGGUUGCUUUGAUUGGUUAAGACAUUUUUCCUCCCUCGAAAGUUAUACGCACACCAUCGGAAGUACCCCAAUACUAAUGAAUAUUUAGUGUACAUAAACCUAACCGACCAUUUCCGAUCGUAUUCGGCCAACACCGUUACACCCCUAAAGUACCACUGUUGACCGUUAGGAAUAGAACUCAUUCCCAUUUACGUGCCUACUUUCAGUUUCUCUCUGAUCUGACUAAAACGUGCCAUUCUUUUCUUGCCAUCUUUACACUGUGUUCACAAUUUUUAGAAUAGGAAAAAACUUUCAAUUUCUCCAUAUUUAAAGUAUUAUAAUUAAAUAAAAUGAAAUUAUAUUUUGAAUUUUGGGGAUUACUUUUAAUUGCAGUGUGCAUUUCAAGUAAAGAAUUAAGAAAUAAGUUUUCACUGCCAAGGAAUUUGAAACUACAAAUGGUCAACGCCGUUUUUAGACAUGGAGAUCGAACACCACAACCUAUUUAUGGUGAGACGUAUCCAAAUGAUCCAUUUGCAAACAUGACCUAUUCUCCUCUGGGAUAUGGUGCUAUGACAAAUAUUGGAAAAUUAAGAGCCUUUAGAUUGGGUACUUUUUUAAGGAGGAGAUAUAAUAAAUUUUUGGGUACCACUUACAUUCCUGAAGAUAUUACUUCUAUAAGUACAUAUGUAGAUAGGGCAAAAAUAACCCUUCUUGCUGUUCUAGCUGCUUUGUACCCUCCAAAUUCAGUACAAAAGUGGCAUCCAACUCUUAAUUGGCAGCCAAUACCAAUACUCUUCGAAAAAGUUGAAGACGAUUUUUUACUAUAUUCUAGAAGAUGUCCUAAGUACACAAAAAUGUGGAAAGAAGUUGAAGAAUCAGAGGAAAUAAAGCAAAGGCUUGGAGAAUUCAAAUCACUUACAAACGAACUGACAAAAUUAACAGGAAAAAACAUUACAAAUCUCAGUGAUAUAUUUUCUCUUUCAAAUUUACUUUCUUGUCAACAAUCGAUGAAACUACCGAUUCCAAAAUGGGGUAAAGAAUUAUUGAUGAAUAAUGAAUUCCAGGAGGCUGUUCACAUAACAGAAAAAGUGAUGAACUACAAUGAUACAAUGAAACAAAUAAUUGGAGGUCCACUUUUGAAACAAAUGACAAACGAUAUGUUAGCCAAAAAGAACGGAACAUUAAGAGAAGGAAAGAAAAUGAAACUUUACAGCGCUCAUGAUGUUAAUGUCUAUGUACAACUGUAUGCUCUUGGCAUAGAAAAAUUUGAAAGUCCUUUCUAUUGUAGUGCAGUAAUUUUGGAAUUGUAUAGUGAUAAAGAAGGAAACUAUUACGUACAGAUUCUAUAUUAUAAAGGGGACACAAGUAAGGUUGAAAUUCUAGAAAUACCCGAUUGUACGUCAAUGUGUGAAUUAAAUAAAUAUCAGGAAUUAAUAAAAAAUGUAAUUCCCAUUGAUGCAAAUGCGGAAUGUUGUGGAUCAGAACAUUGUACUUUAAAAGAAAGUUCGACAUUCAUGAAAAUAUAUUUUAAAUUUUGGGGUUUACUUUUAAUUGCAGUGUGCAUUUCAAGUAGAGAAUUAAAAAAUAAAUUUGCACUGCCAAGGAAUUUGAAACUACAAAUGGUCAACGCCGUUUUUAGACAUGGAGAUCGUACACCAAAUCCACUUUAUAGUGAAACGUAUCCAAAUGAUCGAUUUGUUAACGAGACGUAUUAUCCUAUAGGUUUUGGGGCUUUGACAAAAGUGGGAAAAUUAAGAGCCUAUAAAUUAGGUAAAUUUUUAAGGAGGAGAUAUAAUACAUUUUUGGGUACAACUUACAUUCCUGAAGAUAUUACUCCUAGAAGUACACACAUAGAUAGGGCAAAAAUGACCCUACUUCUUGUUCUGGCUGCUCUGUACCCUCCAAAUUCAAUCCAAAAAUGGCAUCCAACACUUAAGUGGCAGCCUAUACCGAUAGAUUAUCAAAAAAUUGACGACGAUAUUUUACUAUUUUCCAGAAGAUGUCCGAAGUACAAAGAAAUGUUUAGCGAAAUUGAAAAAUUGGAAGAAGUAAAGGAAAUGUUUGGAGAAUUUAAAUCACUUACACGCAAACUGACAGAAUUAACGGGAAAAGAUAUUACUACUCCUACUGAUGUAUUUUCAUUUUACAAUUUACUUAUUUGUCAAAAAUCAAUGAAACUACCGAUUCCGAAUUGGGCUGAAGAAUUAUUGGCGAACAAUGAAUUCCUAGAGGCUGUUGAAGUAUUGGAAAAAUUGAGGAACUAUAAUGAUACGAUGAAAAAAAUGAAUGGAGGACGACUCUUGAAACAAAUGACAACAGAUAUGAUAGCCAAACAGAGUGAAAAAUUAAAGGAAGGAAAGAAAAUUAAACUUUACAGCGCUCACGAUGUUAAUGUUUAUGGACAACUUUAUGCACUUGGCAUAUCAAAAUUUGAAAGUCCCUUCUAUUGUAGUGCAGUAAUUUUGGAAUUGUAUAGUGAUAAUGAAGACAACUAUUACGUGCAGAUUCUAUAUUACCAAGGAGAAACAAGUAAGGUUGAAAUUCUGAAAAUACCCAAUUGUACGUCAAUGUGUGAAUUAAGGAAAUAUCAAGAAUUAUUAAAAAAAGUAAUCCCCGGUGAGGAUGAGUUGGAAUGUUGUGACAAUGAAUUAGAAUAUUGUUCUUUACAAGAAACUUCAUUUUUCUGAUCUUUCUUCGAUUUAUAAAUUAUGUUUACUUAUAAAAAUGUAAACAAACAAAUAAGUGAAUAAAUGUCACUGAAACUGAAA